AUGGAUCUUGAAGAUCGAGGAUUUGAAGAAACUGUCCGGGAGAAAAGUAGGACAGAUCUCUACAACUAUAUAAAGCAAAGUUCUGGACGAUUACUUGAUGACAAGUUCGCAUACAUGGAGGAUUGUGUCAUUAGGGAAACUAAUUGUCCAACUGAAAAAAUAAGUAGUCUCAAAAAGGAAUUGAAACUGUUCAAAUGGCAGUUCAGACAAAAAUGGACGGCGGCAUCGUACAAAGAAGAAUGA